GACGUCACGCAGGACGCCACUGCCCUGUCGCCCGGCCUUUGCAGCCCAGGAAGUAGGCGCGGUAGCUGGAGCUGGAUUCUGAGGGGGCGCGGGCGGCUUUCAGACUGGGUCGGAAGCCUGCGGGCCGGCAGUCUCUGUCCCUCCUGUUCUUGUCCGGCGCUGCUUAGCCCCUCAGCUUUGUCAUCAUGGAUCCGAUUUUAAACCGAAUGGAUUAUCUACAGGUGGGAGUAACAUCUCAGAAGACUAUGAAGCUACUUCCUGCCUCAAGACACAGAGCUACACAAAAGGUGGUUAUUGGGGAUCAUGAUGGGGUAGUUAUGUGCUUUGGCAUGAAGAAAGGAGAAGCAGGAGCAGUGUUCAAGACUUUACCGGGGCCGAAGAUUGCAAGACUGGAACUAGGAGGGGUUCUUAACACACCUCAGGAGAAAAUUUUUAUUGCUGCAGCAUCUGAGAUUAGAGCCUUCACAAAAAGAGGAAAACAGUUCCUCUCUUUUGAAACAAACCUCACUGAAAGCAUUAAAGCUAUGCACAUAUCUGGCUCAGACCUCUUUCUCAGUGCAAGUUACAUCUAUAACCAUUAUUGUGACUGCAAAGACCAACAUUAUUACCUUUCUGGGGAUAAAAUCAAUGAUGUUAUCUGCCUUCCAGUGGAAAGAUUAUCUCGUAUCACACCUGUAUUGGCCUGCCAGGACAGAGUGCUCAGAGUUUUACAGGGAUCUGAUGUGAUGUAUGAAAUUGAAGUUCCUGGCCCCCCUACUGUCUUAGCACUACACAAUGGAAAUGGCGGUGACUCUGGAGAAGACCUUUUGUUUGGGACAUCAGAUGGAAAACUUGGGCUUAUUCAGAUUACUACAUCCAAACCAAUACACAAGUGGGAAAUUCGAAAUGAGAAAAAGAGGGGAGGUAUUUUGUGUAUUGACAGCUUUGACAUUGUGGGUGAUGGGGUUAAAGAUUUACUUGUUGGGAGAGAUGACGGAAUGGUGGAAGUGUAUAGUUUUGAUAAUGCAAAUGAACCUGUUCUACGAUUUGAUCAGAUGAUGUCUGAAAGUGUCACAUCUAUCCAGGGUGGUUGUGUAGGAAAAGACAGCUAUGAUGAAAUCGUGGUGUCCACAUAUUCAGGCUGGGUUACAGGUCUGACAACAGAGCCCAUUCAUAAGGAAAGUGGACCAGGAGAAGAACUAAAAUUUAAUCAGGAGAUGCAGAAUAAAAUUUCUUCCUUACGGAAUGAGUUGGAACAUCUGCAGUAUAAGGUAUUGCAGGAAAGAGAGAAUUAUCAGCAGUCUUCUCAAUCAAGCAAAGCAAAAUCAGCAGUACCUUCCUUUGGUAUAAAUGAUAAAUUUACACUAAAUAAAGAUGAUGCCAGUUACAGCCUUAUCUUAGAGGUACAGACUGCAAUAGAUAAUGUCUUAAUACAGAGUGAUGUUCCAAUAGAUUUACUUGAUGUGGAUAAAAAUUCUGCUGUUGUUAGCUUUAGCAGCUGUGAUUCUGAGUCAAAUGACAACUUCCUUCUCGCCACUUAUCGGUGCCAGGCAAAUACUACAAGGCUGGAACUCAAGAUUCGCUCAAUUGAAGGCCAGUAUGGCACACUACAAGCAUAUGUGACUCCAAGAAUUCAACCCAAAACCUGUCAGGUCCGCCAAUACCACAUCAAACCUCUUUCACUCCAUCAAAGAACUCACUUUAUUGAUCAUGACAG